AUGUUACUCUUCUUCAAAGAAACUGACAAUGAGCUCUGUGUGUGCUCCUGGCUCCAUAGCGCCCCCUGUGAGCAGAUCCUUCUGUGGUACUUGAGCCACGCUGACACCUCUGCGGCCCGGUCAGCACUGAGACAGCUUUCAGGUCUGCAGGACCCAAAAAACGAGGUAGCAGCAAAGUUCCACUUCACCCCGGGCAGUGAUGGAGGAGCCCGUCUGAGCUUAAGGGAGAUAUCCAGCAGAAAGGACGAUGCUCUGUAUGAGAAGCUGUCAGAAGAGCAGUGGAGGCUGGAGUGUCUUAUGCAGCUAUUAGCUGACCUCAAACACUGUGACCUGCCUGGAGACUUCUUCCUCGACCUGCUACAGGUGGAGCAGCGGCUGCUGGCUCCAUCUGCGAAGCAAAGCCGGAAACUGGCUCUGCUUCAGGUGUUGGCUGUGAUGGUUGAUUGUGUGCAGCAUACUGUGCUGCUGAGAAAAAACUCACAGGUGGUGGACUUCUUGAUGUCUAUGCUUCAGAGGGCCUGUUUGGGUCUGGGUCAGGCCUCUGGUCCAGUUCUUGGAAGCCCAGUAGAGAGCGAGACGCUGCGGUUGGGGAUAGGCGUUGUGGCUACUCUGCUGUCUGGACCUAAGCUUAGUCAAGAAGACUACUCUUCGAUGUGGAGACUGCUCCCGCCACUGGAGUCGCUGUCUCAGAAGCACCCUGAGGUGCUCAUCCAGCAGCUGGCAUCCGACCUCAGAGCUGUCAUUGCCACUCAUGGGGCCUACCGGCCUGAGAACUUCCCCGCUGUCGCUUCGGUCUCCAUGAAGCCUAAAAUGACAGUCAAGAACACGCAAACCGGAGCCAACAACCCCCAGAUUAGUCCUCAUUCAUCGCCACCAGACCGAAACGCCCAAAGCAAUAGACCUCCAGCGUCCUUUGGAAAGUCUGCAGCGAAAGUAAGUCCAGAAGGUAGGACUUCUGGAACCAGUACCCUUCACCCUCCUACCAAGCCUUUUUCCGAUUGGCUGCUAGAAGCUUGUGACCCGGAUGUGCCAACCAGAGCGUUCGCCCUGAGGGUCCUGACUCAGAUGGUGCAGAGAGGAAACCCAGAGGCUGCCCACACCCAGGAGAAGCUCCUGAUGCUCUUCUUAGAAAACCUAGAGCAUGAAGACUCAUUCAUCUACCUGUCAGCCAUUCAAGGUUUGUCUGCAUUGGCAGAUUCAAACCCUGAGAGGGUUCUGGAAAGGCUUCUGAAAGACUUUCAGCAUGGACCCUCCCGUACCACAUCCAACAAGGAGCACUCCCUGGAAUUCCGCCUCAAAGUGGGAGAGGUUCUGAUGAGGGCGACCAGGGCAAUGGGGGAACUGGCAACCCACCUCGGCCAUCCUCUGAUUAGCGUUUUCCUGCAAGGAACCAGGGACCCCGACCAAAGUCUCCGGGCCAGCAGUUUGUCAAACCCGGGGGAGCUCUGUCCAAGACUGGACUAUACCCUGGGAACUUUAUGUGUGCAGCUCUGCUCCUGUCUGACCGCUUUGACAAAAACUGAGAAGGAGGCAGAGGUGAGGAGAGCUGCUGUCCAUGUUAUCACCCUGCUGCUCCGAGGCCUCAGCGACAAAACCACUGAGGUUCUCAGUGAUGUGUUGUUGAACCUGUAUUGAGCCCUGAAGUGGGUGGUGCGCUCUGACCCAGAUGAUGUUGCUGUGCUCCAUGCCCAGCUAACUCUGGAGGAGAUGGAUGACAUAAUGAAGAGGUUCAUCUUCCCUAAGCAGAAGCUGCAGAAGAAGAUUGUUGUCCUGCCAUAGGACCAUUUUAAUCUCCUUUAUAACCCCUCCACAGUUUGGACAUAUUUUUAUAUGCUCUACCUCUAAGCAGCACUAGUUCUGCCUCCAUGUGACGAAAACUUUAUGGUACCUCUGGACGCACAGAACCUACAGGUCCAAACUACCGGCAGCUUCCGAAAUAAGUAUUCAUCAU